GCGGGGAGACCGAUGGCAGAACCAGUAAUCGUACAGCGACCCCAAGAGUUUGGGAACACGGGGAGCAGGACGUGAAGCCGCCCGGCGCUUCUUGAUGACGUAAGACAGGAAGUGACGAGGGACAAUAAUAUAACAAUAGCAGUUAUCUAAGAUCCGGGUCAGUGCAAUCCUACCAUGCCGAAUUAACUACGGAGGCUGUCAAUGAGUCGCUGAGGAACCAUGUCUGCCCUGAGCAAUCUGGAGGGCUCGGCCGAGCUGUCGGGUGACGAAUGUGUGAGCUUCUGUCUGUCCGGCAUGCCUGAUAUCAAAGUGGAACAUGUGAUGGAGUCCAACCCAGAAGAAGGAACGGCCCAGAACGUAGCCAUGGGAAUGAAAUUCAUUUUGCCAAAUAGGUUUGACAUGAAUGUCUGCUCUCGCUUUGUCAAAUCAUUGAAUGAAGAAGACAGUAAAAACAUCCAAGAUCAAGUAAACUCUGACCUGGAAGUCGCGUCCGUCCUAUUUAAAGCUGAAUGCAACAUACACACCUCCCCGUCCCCCGGGAUACAAGUCAGACAUGUGUACACCCCCUCGACAACCAAACAUUUUUCACCAAUCAAGCAGUCCACCACACUGACAAACAAGCACAGAGGCAACGAGGUGUCAACUACACCCCUGCUGGUUAACUCGCUGUCGGUCCACCAGCUGGCUGCUCAAGGGGAGAUGGUCUAUCUAGCAAGUCGCCUUGAGCAAGAAAACGUGAUCAACCUGACAGAUGAAGAAGGUUUCACACCACUUAUGUGGGCCGCGGCUCAUGGGCAGAUCGCCAUUGUGGAAUUUCUACUUCAGAAUGGCGCGGAUCCUCAAGUCCUGGGUAAAGGUCGGGAAAGCGCUCUGUCACUGGCCUGUAGUAAAGGAUACACGGACAUUGUGAAAAUGCUGGUGGAGUGUGGAGUGGAUGUCAACGAGUAUGACUGGAAUGGAGGGACGCCCUUGUUAUAUGCUGUCCAUGGCAAUCAUGUCAAGUGCGUGAAAAUUCUUCUAGAGAAUGGGGCAGAUCCGACCAUUGAGACAGACUCUGGAUAUAACUCCAUGGACCUGUCUGUAGCUCUGGGACACAGGAGCGUCCAACAAGUCAUCGAGAAUCACCUUUUGCAGCUUCUUCAGAGUAUCAAGGAAUAAUGGACACUUUAUAGGACGAGCAGUGGACAGUUUAUAUCAUGCAUCAGAGGCUUAUGAUUGCUCUUACGCCAUUGGUUAUACAACGUUUUCAACAGUUAUUACCCUACAGUUUCCGACUGAUGCUAGAUUGCAGGAGAGGCAGCUCCUGCUCUACCAGAGACAACUUCUUCUCGCAGGAUGUGACUAUGAAUAGAGAGAAAUUCUCUCAGACCGCUUUGUAUAAUGUAAAUCGUAUCAUGUGGUUUAUCCUAGUCCAUGUUGAUUUCAGUGUGUAUCUCCCUGUCAUUUGUCUUUUUUUUGGGGGGGGGGGGGGGCAGGACGGUGCUAGCGGUAAGUGUCCUGGUGCCCACUGUUGGAAAGGCAAGGAACUGUCAGACUUAUUGUUCCCCUAUUAAUAAGACGUUUGCCAGAGUUGCCUGGAAGCUAUUUAACCCUCCGAUCAUCAUUGACAUAACAUGAGAGUUAAGUUGUGUUGAGUGUGGGUAUGAUACUCUGCCCACUGAAUGAUCUUUUGGCCAACAAAUCCCUUGUCUAUGACCAAGAAACAUGAGCGUUAAGAUAUCAGUGGCACAUCGUGUACCAUGAAUGGUCUCACCACAAUGUAAUAUUCUGGUUUGGCUGGAGGCCUUAGAAGAAGACCAGUCCUUGUGCGUUAUAGGCUGGCAAGUAUGUUCCAAUACUUCCUGGGUCCCUAGUCAGUCAGUACUUCAUGGUCCCUCUCAACAUGGCUACUUAGCCAAUCGGUGGCCACAUCAAUGAUCUGUCUCGGCAAAUGACUCGCUGUGGCAGCAUUUCCUGGGUGUCAAGAGGUUACAGGAUACAGAGCAGAGAAAGGCUGGUGACCAUAAGUCAUCAUAAUGGGAGCGGUUAGAGAUCACUGAGGCGAGUAAUCAUGUAAACCACAGGGAUUAUAAAAUUAUACCAUCUGACAACUUAAAGAGGACCUUUCAUGGGUCCAGACAUUAUCAAAUAAGUAGGGGUUUGU